AUGACUGAACCAUCAGAAAAAAACAAUUCCACGCAAGAGGAACACCCAGGUCAAAGUUCUCCUGAGAAAAGCUGUCCAAUUGGGCAGAAGCAGCUGCAACAGAUCGAGAGGCAGUUAAAAUGUUUGGCAUUUCAAAACCCUGGACCACAGGUAGCAGACUUUAAUCCUGAAACAAGGCAGCAGAAAAAGAAAGCCCGGAUGUCAAAGAUGAAUGAGUACUUUUGUGCAAAACACAAAGUGAUGAGGAAGUAUGACAAGAGCGGCCGUCUCCUCUGUAACGACGCCGACCUGUGUGACUGCCUGGAGAAAAACUGCCUGGGUUGCUUUUACCCCUGCCCCAAAUGCAACUCCAACAAGUGUGGGCCGGAAUGCCGCUGCAACCGACGCUGGGUGUAUGACGCCAUCGUCACGGAAUCUGGAGAGGUCAUCAGCGCGCUGCCGUUCAGCGUUCCUGACUAG